AUGAAUUUGAAGCUGUGGAUGAGUGAUGACUUUGGUCAGUCGUGGACCCAGCACGAUCAGAACGUGAAGUCGUUCGCUUGGGCUGCCGGUCUGCGCGCGCAUGGCAGGGAGAUCGUUGAGGAGCAGGAGGGUGAGGAGGGGCUGAUGGAGGAGGGAGGUGAGAUACCGCUGGUCAUCGAGAGAGAAGAGGCGACUAACUCUAGCAAGGUACUCCUGGUCAGCGGACAUCAAUGGCGAACUUCCUUGACAGAAGAUGUGCAAGAUUUAGAAUGGCGAACUGCCAUUAUAGAUGACGUGCUAGAUUUACAAGUGAAGGCUGGCUUUUUCUUCGCCAAAAAACAGGGCAACAAGAAGAACCUAGACCUCUACGUGAAAUACAAGAACGAGGACUUUGUGAAAGCUGUUUUCGACACCAAAUACGAUCUACUCAAUUACCAAGUGGUCGAUGUAACGGACAAACGGAUCAUGGUGGCCGUGAGUCACACGCCGACGCUGGCCAAUUUGUACGUGGCUGAGUGGGACAGCGACAAAGUGGCAGGCGACAAAUCGCUGCGUUUCAGGUUGUCUCUGGAGCGUGUUUUCUGCUACGUUCACGGUCACAUGUGGACUGAUACCUGGCUGAGCGAUGUGGUCGAGAACUCGUUCACUGAUUUCCACAAGGUCAACGGACUCAAAGGCAUCUAUAUUGCAUCGCAGGUCUCCGACAAGUAUCAGAUGCAAAAGGGCAACAUAGGUCCUGAACACCUGGAAUCGGUGAUCACAUUCAACUGGGGUGGAGACUGGCGCAGACUCACUCCGCCCGCCCUGCACGCAGACGGCACCCCAUACGAUUGCCAGACCAACUGUUCGUUGCACCUGUCGCAGGAGUUUAGCAAACUGCAUCCGGUGAUGCGAGCCAUGCCAAUACUGUCAAGCAAGUCGGCGCCUGGUCUCAUUGUGGCUGCCGGAGUUGUGGGCACUUCCCUUAAAGGUCACAUCGGCGUGUUCCUGAGCCGCGACGCAGGUUUGACGUGGCACCAUGUUCUGAACGAGUACCACCUGUUCAACAUGGGCGACCACGGAGGAGUCAUAACAGCUGUUCGAUCCAACAAGUUCGCAAGGGCCAGUCCCUCCAACAAACUGCUCUUCUCAACUGACGAAGGUGAAAAUUGGAAGUCACUGGCUUUCAACGAGGAUGAAUCACUGCACAUCUAUGGUCUGAUGACAGAGCCUGGUGAGAAUACAACCAUUUUCACCAUGUUCGGUUCGGGAGUCACACAACAUCGUUGGCUCAUCAUUAAGGUCGAUUUGGCGGGAGCGUUCGCGUACAACUGCAGCGCGGAUGAUUACAAGCAGUGGUCACCGAGCAGCGAGGAUGGACCUCAUAUGCCCUGUGUGUUGGGCAAGAAGGAGACAUACCAGCGUCGUAACCCGCACUCCAACUGCUACAAUGGCCGCGACUAUGAUAGACCUGUCAACAUGGAACGAUGCAGGUGUCAGGUGGAGGACUUUGAAUGUGAUUUCGGUUUUGAGCGGAAAGACAAGUUGCCGAUUUGUGUGCGAAACAAGAAGGUGUUGCCAACCUAUUACGAGACACCCGCCAGCUGCAGGGAGGGCGAGUUCUUCAACCGCACUCGUGGAUACAAGAAGAUCAAGGAUGAUGAGUGUCAAGGAGGUGAAGAAGACUUUCUGCCCGACCUGAUCCCGUGUCCCUACAGCGAGGUGAAAGAUUUCCUUCUGGUAGCGCAGAAAACACGCAUCGUUCGCUACGAUCUGAGCAAUUUGAGAGCGGAGCCGCUUCCCUUGCCUAGGAUGAAGAACGUUGUAGCGAUCGAAUUCGACGUGGAGAAUGACUGCGUUUACUGGGCCGAUAUCAGCAACAGUUCGAUCCAGCGGCAGUGUCUCAAAGGCGAGAAACCAGUUGAGACGCUCGUUGAGUAUGGCUUGUCGUCAGUGGAGGGAAUGUCGUUUGACUGGCUCACAAACAUGUUGUACUUUGUGGACGGAAUUCGCGCCAGGAUUGAGGUGAUUAGGACGGAUAUCAGCAACGCGGGACGUAUGAGGAGGAAGAUCCUGGGACCCAAGGAGCUGAAGAAACCUAGAGGAAUUGCGGUGCAUCCAAUGAAAGGUUACCUGUUCUGGACGGAUUGGGCGAUUGGCCAUCCGAGUUUGAGCCGCGCCAACACAGACGGCAGUCAUGUGAAACAGCUGUUCUCUUAUCCGGACGUUAUUUGGCCGAAUGGUGUCACCAUAGACUUCCAUGCGCAGCGGAUUUACUGGGUGGAUGCUAGAGACGACUAUAUUGGAAGCGCCGAUUUGGAUGGCAAGCAUUUCUUCAAGGUGUUGUCCAAGGACACGAGAGUGGCACACCCCUUUGCAGUGGCCGUUUUCAAGGGCAGUAUGUACUGGGAUGAUUGGAAUGGCGUCAUUUUUGUCGCCGACAAGGAUCACGGAGUGGGAAUACAACAAGUGGCUAUGGAUCCUCAGGGACUUAUGGACAUGAAGGUUGUAAGCUCCGACUACAGAGUGGGCCACUACAAAUCGGACGACUUUGCCUGCUUGGGUCAACACGACUGUUCGCACCUGUGCUUCAACCUGCCGGGCAAACAGCACACGUGUCUAUGUCCUGAUGACCUGGUCCAGUCGGGCAACAUGUGUCUGUGCGAAGGCACACGUGUCGUGCCCUACCCGAAUAGCACGUGUCCCCCGGUCGACAAGACCUGUUCCGCGUUUCAGUUCAAAUGCGCCAAUCAGCUGUGCAUCAGCAAAAAGUGGAUGUGUGAUGGUGACGAUGAUUGCGGUGAUGGAUCCGAUGAGGCGAUGUGCUCAGUGAAAACAUCACCUGACCAGUUCAGAUGCGGCUCGGGCCACUGCGUGCCGCGCGCCUGGAGGUGUGACGUGGACGUGGACUGCCCUGACGGCUCAGAUGAGCGCAACUGCACCUACACUCUGUGUACCAGUGAACAGUAGUGUCGCAACAAGCGAUGUGUCUCAAAGAGGUCAGUCAAACUGUCACCAUUCUUGUAG